CAUGCCGUUCUGGGCUGAUGUGGAGGUUCGGACUGUAGAUCCAAGCAGAGGGAAGGGGAUCUACCCCAAGACGGACCUGAAACGUCACACAACGUUCCUCUCGGAUCAGCCUCUCGCAUGCCUUCAAAAGAGAGCUCAGCAGUCAUCGCAUGUCGUUUGUGUCCGGUGCAACAAGUUCCUUGGUUCCCUCCAGCUUCACUUGCAUCUGCUUCAAGGCAACCUGACUUCGGCGGAUGUGAUGAAGACCGAGGAGUGCUCAGCCUAUGUGAAGCAGCCUUUGCUGCCGAGGGACCCACGGAGCGAUGGGGAAGAUGAACACACUGUCGGCCAUCUGACUCCCAUCGUGGUUGACGAGGUGUUUAGCAAGUACAGGAGCCUGACGCCCUUCGCCUUCUACUGCAGCGAUGAGUGCAGACAGGCAGGUACGCAACAAUACAGCAGGAAGACCCAUGGAUGCAGACCGAACACACUGUGGUUGCUUGUGUGUGUGGCUUCCAUCAGGCCAGCGCGCUUUGUCGGUGUUGCGUUAUCCAUCGUGUGUGCCUAUCUUCGAGUCCCUCGUCGGGCUCUCGCAUCGCGCAAACAACGUCUUCUUGACGAUGCUGGCCAUCCUUCUCAGCGCAGUCGUGUCGGAGCUCGAUGAUCAUGCUGCAUCGCCUCCCAACAAGCGACAGAAGACGGAACAAGGCCACCAGACAAGUGGAGGCAGUGAUCCGGACCAUGGCGGCAGCAGCAGCACCAGCACCAGCAAGGCGCUCAAUGUCCUGCGCCGGCUCGUGAGGAAGCCCAUCCAUGAGGUGCUGGACGUGCCGGAGGACUGCACGGCCGAGGAGUUGAGGAGGGAGUUGAAGGAGGAGAGCCAGCAAGCCAUUAGUCUGAUCCGCCAGCUACUCGUAUGCAGCGGCAGCAUGGCCACCUAUCCUUGGCUGGAGCAGGAGUUCCUUUCCGAGGAUGCGUUUGAUUUGUGGCUGGGGGCGUUGGGUCUGAACGUCAUUUCUGUCAAGGUCCCACACCCAAUCGUCUUCUUUCUGGAGGCCAUCAACGACAUGAAGGACGACGAUGGGGCGAAAAAGGAGCUCAUCGAGGUUCUCGCUCCGUCCCUGUGUCAGCUGAAUAGGGCCAAGAUGGCGAAAGAACAGCAGAAAGAGCGGCAAGAUGCAGAGGAAGGGGAGGGCGGCAAUGCAUCAGACGACGAUGAGAGCGGGGAGGCGUCGAGUGACAGCAGUGAGGGCAGUGAUGCAAGCGACGACGACAGAGAGGCUGACGUGCUCUUUUGGGACUGGUCUGGCUACAAUAGCAGCGGUGAUGAUACCGCUCUCUUGGGCUCGCUGUCGUCGGAGCUCUUCCCUUCGUUCAAGGGCUAUGCACUGUUCCCGGUGUUCAGCCUUUUGAAUCACAGCUGCGAGCCCAACAGCGAGAGCACAUAUGUCGAUAGGAACACGUAAGCACAUGUCAAUGCCGAGGUGGUAUAUGCCCCAUCCACGUGGGCUGGCGCUCUUGUGUGUGUCCCUGACUCGUCAGGAUAUCGGCGUUCACGACUCGUGAUGUGGCUGCCGGUGAAGAGCUGACCAUUAGCUACAUUGACAACACGAUGUAAGCACACGCACCAAGGUCGCGCCCGCAGGCGUCGAUUUGUGAGAGUGUGUGCGGAUGGAUGGAUGGCUGUAGGUCUCUGGCGGAUCGGAGGGAAGAACUGAGAGGCUAUGGAUUUGUGUGUACGUGCCCAAAGUGUGAGAGGGAGGCUGCCGGGGGUCUGCUGCAGAAAGAGACUUAGCUGUUGAGUCAACUGUCAAGAGCUAGACACGACUGCUGCUUGAUGCAUCCCCGUGUGUUAGUGUAAAAGUGGGAGAAAAGAAGAC